CAAUUAUUGUCCAAUAUUGAAGAGGAGUUUGAAUAUAUUGCUACUGCUAUUGCCUCUUUUUUAGAUUUAUGAUUAUGCUAUUUUUUAUUUUAAUAUUCUUUUGACGUAAUAAUAACAUCCAUUUUUAUUUUUUUAUAUUGUUAUUUUCAUUAAUACUCUACUAUGCCAUUUAAUUCUAGCCAAAAUAUUUCCUUAGAAGAUCGUUUACUUCAAUUAGAAGCUAUAAAGAAGGAUGACUUGCCUGAAUUCCCAGACGAUCAACCUGAUUUACCUUCUGAUUAUGAAUAUGUGCCCAAUGAAGAAGAAGAAGAGGAAGAAGAAAUAAUAGAAAUGGAUGAAAGCGAACUUUUACGGACUUUAGAGCAACAAGAAAGUGCUUUAUCUAUUGCUCAAAGACUAUUUUACAAUGAAUUAAAUACAACCGAGUCACAAAAGAAGGAUCAUGAAUGGAAUCUAAAGUAUUUGACUUCUAAAGCGGUCGAAGAAUUAUACGCAAAAGGUUGGACAGAAGUAAAAGGAUUCAUGGAUCUAUCUAUAUUAAAAGGUGCUCAUGAAGAAGCAGACAGGUUGAAAGAUCAAAAUAAAUUUAUAUCUGCAAAAGACUACAAAAGUGAUCAUGAUGACCCUUACAGAGAUAUGAAUGCUCGUGACGAUGCCAUCUUAUGGUUAGAUCCUCGAAAUAACUGUUGUACGAACAAAGAUGGACUUGGUGUAGAAAAGAUCCCUAUUCAUUUUAGAAAAAUCUUGGAAUUUGUGCAAGAUGCUUUAGUGCAAGACCUUAAAAAUAUGAUUCGUUUAAAUAAUAAGAUCGAAUAUCAGUUAUCUUAUUUCCAUCCAAAUGGUGCUCAUUAUGAACGACACCGUGAUGCCUUCCCUAUUGAUGAUCCUAAUGAUACAGAACAAAGAAGAAUUUCUGUAAUCAUGUAUUUAAAUCCUAAUUGGUCUACUGGAGAUGGAGGUGAAGUUAAAAUCUUUAGUCGACCUGAUGAACAUGGUUUACUUGAGGUAGCUGAUCGUACUAUGAAACCACUUUUAGGAAACAUGUUGAUAUUUUUAAGUGGUGUGAUUGAUUAUGAAAUUUUAGCUACUAAAAAGCCUGCCUAUAUAUUAACUACUUGGAUAAAAUAAUAGUAGUAUAGACCCUUUUUUUUUAAUGAUGACAAUAAUAAAGAAGAAUAUAUAACAUAUAUAUGUGAAUAUAUUAUAUAUAAUUAUAUAACACACAGAUGUGGAUAUAUUAUAUAUAAUUAUAUAACAUACAUAUGUGAAUAUAUUAUAUAUAAUUAUAUAAUACAUCAGGGAUGAAAUGGUAUACAAAAAAAAAAUACAAAGGUAGUAUUUAAACUAAAGCUAAUUCUAAUGUCCAAGUUCUUCGUGCCCAUAAACGAAUUUUUUGUUCUUCUAUUUCGACCGUAUUACCGUCCCACCAACAUUUUCGCUAGGUAAAUAAUAUGUGGGGAGGGGAAAAAGAAAAAAAAAAUUAGAAUCAU